AUGAGCGCGAGCGCAGGUGGAGAAUGUGAGCUCGUGUUUCUGCGGCUUUACGCAGCCAUGGAGCUGGAGGUGGAAUCCGCCGAUGUGAUCCGGCUGAUCAUGCAGUACCUGAAGGAGAACAAUCUGCUGCGCACUCUGGCCACACUGCAGGAGGAGAGCACGGUGGUUCUACACACAGUCGACAGCAUCGAGAGCUUCAUGGAGGAUGUGAACAGCGGCCGGUGGGAUGCAGUGCUGCGAGCCAUCCAACACCUCAAACUACCUGACCAGCUGCUCAUCGACCUGUAUGAGCAGGUGGUCCUGGAGCUGAUCGAGUUGAAAGAACUUGGAGCCGCAGGUUGUUUAUUGACUCAGACGGACCCCAUGAUCAUGCUGAAACACACUCAGCCUGAACGAUACACCAAGCUGGAAGCUCUGCUCACAAACAAGCACUUUGACCCAAAUGAGGUUUACCCAGAAGGCAGCAGCAAAGAGAAGCGCAGGUUGGCUAUAGCUCAGGCACUGGUUGGAGAGGUCAGUGUGGUUCCUCCCUCUCGCCUCAUGGCUCUGCUCGGACAGGGUCGUUUAUGCGAGAGCGCUCUGUACAGGUUACAGGAGACCAAAGCGCUGAGGCAGUUUGGAUCAUUAGCCAUGUUGUCUCUGAAGUGGCAGCAGCACCAGGGUCUCCUGCCCCCUGGGAUGUCUAUAGACCUGUUCCGAGGCAAAACAAUGAUGAAAGACCUGGAGGAAGAGCGCUUCCCCACUCAGCUCAGCCACCUGAUAAAGUUUGGUCCGAAGUCUCAUGUAGAAUGUGCUCGGUUCAGUCUGGAUGGUCAGUAUCUGAUCACUGGAUCAGUAGAUGGAUUUAUUGAGGUUUGGGAUUUCACCACGGGGAAAAUAUGCAAGGAUUUAAAGUACCAAGCUCAGGAUAAUUUCAUGAUGAUGGAUGAGGCGGUGCUCUGCCUGGCGGUGAGUCACGACAGUGAGAUGGUAGUGUCUGGGGCUCAGGACGGAAGAAUACAGCUGUGGAGGAUUCGUAAUGGUCAGUGUCUACGCAAAUUUGAACGUGCCCACGGUAAAGCCGUCACCUGCCUCUGCUUCAGCAGAGACAACAGUCAGCUCCUCAGCGGGUCCUUCGACCAGAUCAUCAGACUUCAUGGACUGAAAUCAGGAAAGAUGCUGAAGGAGUUCCAAGGUCAUACUUCCUGCAUAAACGAUGUCAUCUUCUCACACAAUGGCCAGUUUGCCAUUAGUGCCUCAGCAGAUGGCACAGUGAAGAUCUGGAACCUGAACACGACAGAAUGCACCAUCACUAUCAAAACUCCUGACGUUCCAGAAGGAUCCGACAUCACGGUUAACAAUGUUGUCCUGGUGCCCAAGAACCCAGAGCACUUCGUGGUGUGUAACAGGACAAGCACAGUGGUUGUCAUGAACAUCCAGGGCCAGGUACUGAGGAGUUUUAGCUCAGGAGUGAGAGAGGGAGGAGACUUUGUGUGUUGCACGUUGUCUCCUCACGGAGAGUGGAUCUACUGCGUGGGAGAGGACUAUGUGCUUUACUCGUUCAGCACCAUCACUGGAAAGCUGGAGAGAACUCUGACGGUGCACGAGAAAGACGUGAUUGGCAUAACCCACCACCCGCAUCAGAACCUGAUCGCCACCUACAGUGAGGACGGCCUGCUGAAGCUCUGGAAACCGUGAACGUUGUGCAAACAUGCAUCAAACGAACUCUAAAGUCAUCAUUUGUGCUGAUCCUGUGGUCCGUCUGUACAU